CGCCUCCGCCCGCCCCCAGCGCGCCUCGUGCCUCGAGCCUCGCGCCACGUCCCCGCCCCGGGCCGCGCCGCGGAGUUGGCUGCUGGGCGUAGUGGCUGGGUGUGGUCGGUGGCUCUGGGCUUGGCGGUGCGCUGUGCUCUGCACGCCGGCUCCGCGCUCGAGGGCCAGCAGAGCGCAGAAAGGACCCGGCCAGCGCCAGGGCGACGCGGGCCGAAGCUCCCUCCAGUUACUUUUACUUGGUAAUUACUGAGGUAAACAGAUUCAAAGGAUGAGUGAACUGGAACAAUUGAGGCAGGAAGCAGAACAACUGCGGAAUCAGAUCCAGGAUGCCAGGAAAGCAUGUAAUGAUGCAACGCUUGUUCAGAUCACAUCAAAUAUGGACUCCGUGGGUCGAAUACAAAUGCGAACAAGACGUACGCUGAGAGGCCACCUAGCUAAAAUCUAUGCUAUGCAUUGGGGAUAUGAUUCAAGGCUACUAGUAAGUGCUUCCCAAGAUGGAAAAUUAAUUAUUUGGGAUAGCUAUACAACAAAUAAGAUGCACGCUAUUCCUUUGAGAUCCUCUUGGGUGAUGACCUGUGCUUAUGCCCCGUCUGGUAAUUAUGUUGCUUGUGGAGGUCUGGACAACAUCUGCUCUAUAUAUAACUUAAAAACCAGAGAGGGAAACGUGAGAGUGAGCCGAGAGUUGCCAGGUCACACAGGCUACUUGUCCUGCUGUCGAUUUUUAGAUGACAGCCAGAUUGUUACAAGUUCAGGAGAUACAACUUGUGCUUUAUGGGACAUAGAAACUGCCCAGCAGACCACCACAUUCACUGGGCACUCUGGAGAUGUCAUGAGUCUUUCUCUGAGUCCUGACAUGCGUACUUUUGUUUCUGGUGCUUGUGACGCCUCUUCCAAAUUAUGGGAUAUUCGAGAUGGAAUGUGUAGACAGUCUUUCACAGGACACGUCUCAGAUAUUAAUGCUGUCAGUUUUUUUCCAAACGGAUAUGCCUUUGCCACUGGCUCCGAUGAUGCUACUUGCCGGCUCUUUGACCUCCGAGCAGACCAAGAGUUGUUGUUGUAUUCUCAUGACAAUAUAAUCUGUGGAAUCACUUCUGUGGCUUUCUCAAAAAGUGGGCGCCUCCUGCUGGCUGGUUAUGAUGACUUUAAUUGUAACGUAUGGGACACGCUGAAAGGAGAUCGUGCAGGUGUCCUCGCUGGUCAUGACAACCGUGUCAGCUGUUUAGGUGUGACAGAUGAUGGCAUGGCUGUGGCAACAGGAUCUUGGGACAGUUUUCUUAGAAUCUGGAAUUAACAGUGUCAUACAUAUUGUCUGUUCUCCAUUAAUAAUCUGGAGAAAUCAAUACUACAGCCUAUAGCUGUGAAAAAAAUCUACCUUUUAUUUGCAGGUGAAGAUUUUUCUAUUGAGUUAUUAUAUACAAAAGCAGCUUUUGGGAAAUUACAAAAAAAAUGGGGGAAACAAACAAGGCAAGGUACCUGUGAAAAUCAGAAGGACCAAGUGUAUUAAUUUGAGAGUUGGGUGAAUUUAACAUUGAGGAAUUUUUGCUCGUACUGAGUUUAAUUAUUUCUUUAUGUAGAAUAGAAUGUACACUUUAUAGCAGCUGGUCAUUGUGUUUGCAUUUUGUUAAGAACUACAUUUUAAACUUUUUAUACAUAAGAAAUGUCACGUUUUUGAGUUUUGUAAUGGAAGGCACAAUGAUAGAUGGAAGUGAUACUGUACGUGUGUGCUGUUUGAGGGAAGUCCCCUUGAAUCCUGAAUUGCUUUUUAAUCUGAAAGGGAUACUGAUUGCUUACUAAGAGCAUGGGUAGAUAAGGGGAAUCAUUAGUGCAUUCUUUGCCAUGAUGUCAGUCUAAAUAAGUGCUCACUUUAUAAUGGCCAGAGAUAGAGAUUUCACUCUGACAUUUUGGACAUCUCUAAGAAACUUCAUUAGAAUUUAUUACAUUAGUAAAAAGUAUACUAGCAUAUAAAUAAUUCUUGGCAUUUUAAAAGACUGAUCAUGAUCAAUUGCCACUUUUGAGUAGCCCUUCCUCUUGAGUUGCACCUUCCUCUUGAUUUCAUAUUCUGGAUCUAAGUUGUAGGGUUUACUUAUAUUUCAGAAGUUUGAUAAACAUUUGGAUUGUCCCUGCA